AUGUUCGCAUCCUCAGCUGACUCAGAGCUCUCCAGCUGUGUCAAAAUGCUACAACAGAGAUCCAGUCGUUUGGAGUCCAUGCUGAAAGCGUUGUAUCCCCAGGUCAACCUCGACGACUAUGUGGGACCUCCUAUCGAUCACGAAGACUUUGAUCUUCGAUCUUAUCAGGAACAACUUCGCGCUCUCUCCAUCCCCGAAUUCCCCACCAUAAAGCCUCUUCCUCCACCCCGUAUACCCUCUCACAGCCAUAUAACCCCAUCGUCUCUAGACAGCGCAGAGCAGCUCGAAGAGUCGGAUGAAGAAGACAUCCCAGUGGCCAACAGCGUAGCCCGAGGAUACGCACUGAAUGGCAUGAAGAUUGGCGGGGUGGAAUGGAGACACCAUGGCAAAACAUCGGGUGCUCAUCUGCUGUGCCACUACCAAGAAAUCAAAGGGCACACCCACGGGAACGUGGACUUUUUCGAGUCACUCGGACGACACAGAACUGAGCCACUGUGGCGUAUCCCAGAAUGGGAAUUCUCUGUCACCGAGGCUGGAUUACAUCCGUUGGAUUGCUCUGACUGGCCUGACCAGGGGCUGGAUCAGCAGCUCAUCGGUGCUUACUUUGAUCAUGUCAACGUCAAUCUGCCCCUUCUCAAUUGGACACUUUUCCAGCGCGAGUACGACGCAGGGCUAUGGAAGACCCAUCACAGAUUCGGCAGAGUCUGCCUCUUGAUAUUCGCAUGUGGAUCUUUGUUCUUCAAGACUCCCGCAACCUUAUGGCCUUCACCACCCUCCGUGCGGAUGCCAGAUCUGUAUCAACUUCAGAGCCAGACUCUGAUAUGCUACUUCAUGCAGGCUGGUACUCUGCCUCAUUUCAUAGCGGCAGGAGCCGGCUCUGCUCUGCGUUCCACGCAGGAGCUCGGCAUACACCUCAAACAGGUACUCGAAAAGCUCGACCCCACCACAAAGGAGCUCUAUAAGCGAGCCUUCUGGUGUCUGUAUCAUUUGGACCGGUAUAACUCUGCCACGCUAGGGCGAUCGGUUGCUAUGACGGAGAAAGACUUCAACGUCCCUUUUCCGGAAGACGUCGAUGAUGAAUAUUGGGUACUGGAGGGUGGUGGCGUAAUGAGGCAACCCGAAGGAAAGGUUUCAAAAGUGGCGGCGUUCAUUCAGAUGCUCAAGCUUGAUCAGAUACUGGGGAAGGUACUCGGCCAGCUGUAUUCGGCCAGGAAAGCCGACUCUGAUACAGCCAAUAGGCGAGCUGUUGCUGUCGAGCUAGAUCUUGAUCUUGUCGAAUGGGCGAAGAACGUCCCAAGCGUUCUGCGCUGGGACCCCGAUCGCUCCAACUACACUCUUCUCCAACAAACCUCUUGUAUCUGGGGUUUCCAUUGGUUCAUCAAAAUCCUAUUGCACCGGAAUCUGAUACCCCCUCGACCAAACGUCGCAACUAUUGAUCAGAUAUCGUCUUUGGCCGAAUGCGUCGCGGCAGCUCUGUCAAUAUCCAGCAUCACCAGCGCCACUCUCCAACGCGGCCGACUGGAAGGUUGCCAGCCAGGGAAAUCCCUUGACAUCUUCCUUAUGGUCCCCUCCUGGCUGGCAGCUACCGUUCUCUUGGUCAGCAUAUAUACGGUGAACAACACUGCUACCGAAAGACAGAGGGCAGUGAACGGUAUCAAGAUGUCCUUGGAAGCCAGUAAAGAAUUGGGUGCGCUGUGGAAAUUAGCUGCCAAGACAGGUGAUUUUUUGGAGCAGUAUCUCAGAGAGAACCACAAUGGGGACAAGUCGAGCCGAUUCGAUACUGUACCAAACCCUACCAACUUGGUGGCCUACGCUACUUCUCAGUGGUCCGCGUCGAGUCCCGAUAGCGAGGAAGUAUCUCAGAGGGGUCUUUUUGACUCCUGGUUGAAGAUGAAUAUGUUUGAGGCUCAGAUAGCAGGUAUGAACAACAUGUCAUUGGGCGAUGGCGAGGAGACUUUUGGCGAAGAAUGGUGGGAGCGGAUGUUGAGCAAUCAAAUGUGA